AUGAUAAACGGCAAUCUGAAGCGUCGCAAGGUAGACUUGGACUUUUAUCUACAUCGGGUUUUCCGAAAGAAGUCAUUCCGUCCUCUACAGCGAGAGGUAGUCACCGCAGCUGUGGAAGGCCACGAUGUCUUCCUGCAGGCAUCCACAUCCUUUGGAAAGAGCUUGUGCUUCCAAUUGCCUGCCGUCAUCAGCCAUGGCGUGACUGUCGUUGUAUGUCCUCUCCUUGCAUUGAUGACCGACCAAGUAAACGCGCUGCAAGCCUUAGGAGUAGCAGUGGCAACAAUCAAUUCGACGACCUCUCUUUCAGAGAGACGCGAGAUCCUUGCAGACCUUCUCUCAGGGCAUCCCCGAAUCCGGCUUCUUUAUGUCACCCCAGAGCUAUGCCAAACGGAGAUGUUCCGGCGAAAUCUCCAAACCAUCCAUUCCCAGGGGGAGCUGAAUCGCGUCGCCAUCGACGAGGCCCACUGCAUCAGUGAAUGGGGCCAUGACUUCCGUCCAGCGUACAAGGAACUCUCCUGGUUCAAGCGGGCCUUGAACAACCCCCCAGUUCCGAUCAGCGCCUGCACAGCGACUGCAACCCCGCGUGUCCGCAAGGAUAUCAUUAACCUCCUUGGUUUAGAUCCCGGCCGAUUGAGGAUUUUCAAUACACCAUCCGCUCGACCAAACAUCCACUACGAGAUCAAAUAUCUCCCAAAUGCUAUCGACGAUUCGGGAGACUCUGGAAAGGCCCAAGUUGACGACUUCGUCGCCUGGCUGAAGUCCAUCCAGAGCCGCCGAGAAGCCAGAUUAGGCGGAGAAAAUGCUAAUCUUCCGCCUAUAUCUGGUAUCAUUUACGUUUCCUUUAGAUCAGCCUCGGAGAACCUUGCCAGCAUUCUGUCAACAUCAUGGAACGGCAACAUCCGAGCGGUUGCUUAUCAUGCCGGUCUCUCCUCCCAGGACAGGACUCAGAUCCAGUCCCAGUGGACUUCUCCGCAGUCAAUCCCAGAACCAAACGGCCAACCCCCGGCUUUCUACAUAAUAGUCGCAACUAAUGCGUUCGGCAUGGGAAUCGAUAACCCCCAUGUUCGAUUCGUAAUCCACUGGAACUCUCCCCGAAGCUUCGAGGGGUUCGUACAGGAGUCCGGUCGUGCAGGUCGUGAUGGUCGUGCCGCCGCAUCAAUUGUAUACUACAACACCCAAGAGCGAGACAGAGCACUCGAUCGUCUCCGGCGAGACGUUGAAAAUGCCUACAACCGCGCCAACAAGAAACCAGCGAACGGAGCACCAAAGGACGAUCCUAACAGCAAUCUACAAAACCAAUACGCUCGGCUGCGGAGUUUCCAAAAAGUUGUUCGCUAUUGUGAGUCAACUAGCCGGUGCAGACAUGAGAUGAUCAAGGAGUUCUUCGGAGACCUGGAACUCGAGAGGAUGGGCUCUCAGGCCCCGAGCUCCGAAACGAGAACCGGCUCAGGCGCAUCACCGUGCGACUUUGCUUGUGACUUUUGCAAGGAAGGCCCCAGGAGUCUAACGCUUCGCAAGGCAAGGAUGGCCAUUGCGAAUGAGCUGAUGGACUGUACGCAGUGGGAUUACAUGUCAAACAUGGAGGCAAUGUAUCCGGAUGCUUUUUCCGGCUUCGACUAG